GAGAGAAGAAACAAAGAGAGAAUGGGAAGAGGACGAGUGGAGCUGAAAAGGAUAGAGAACAAGAUCAAUCGACAGGUAACCUUCUCGAAAAGAAGAAAUGGUUUGUUGAAGAAAGCAUAUGAACUUUCUGUUCUCUGCGAAGCUGAAGUUGCCCUUAUCAUCUUCUCCAACCGUGGCAAGCUCUAUGAAUUCGGCAGCGCCGGAAUUCCCAAGACCCUAGAAAGGUACCAACGCUCUAACUAUAACCCACACGAAAGCUUUGUCGAGCGGGAGACACAGAGUUGGUACCAAGAGGUAUCGAAAUUGAAGGCUAAGUAUGAAUCACUUCAACGCAAUCAAAGGAAUUUGCUAGGGGAGGAUCUUGGACCGUUAAGUGUGAAAGAGUUGUUGAAUCUCGAGAAACAACUCGAAGCAGCGUUGUCACAAGCUCGACAUCGCAAGACACAGCUAAUGAUGGAACAAAUGGAAGAACUUAGGAGGAAGGAACGUCUGCUCGGAGACAUGAACAAGCAAUUGAAGAUGAAGGUUUCGCUUGAAAUGUCACCGGUAUUGUUUUUGUGA